GUUAUUUAUACGAAGACAUACAUUGGUAAAAGAAGACAAUUUUGAAUUUGUUGUAUAUUAUUUCUGCGAGGCUUGUAUUUACUGCUUUGUAUGCAGGUCUACUUCCGGUUGAAAACACGUGGUUCGAAAACAAACACUCUUUGGCGUCUUACCAGAUAACAUAACAUGGGCAAGGAGAAGAAAGAAAAGCGUAAGUCGGAGGGGGGCGAAGAAGAAGAGAGGGAAGAUUCCUGGGAUGAAAAGAUCCGCUUCCUAUGUCCGAUAGCGGCUCCUCUGGCUUCACGAAAACUGACGAAGCGUUUGUACAAGACGGCAAAGAAAGCAUACAAGCAGCCCAAACAUCUGGUACAGGGAGUCCGUGAAGUACAGAAGGCUAUCCGCAAAGGGGAGAAAGGCCUGGUGGUAAUAGCUGGCAAUGUGAGCCCAGUAGAGGUGAUCUGUCAUGUGCCGCUCAUGUGCGAGGAAGCCAGUAUUCCCUACUGUUACGUCCCUUCAAAGGAGGACCUGGGUUCCGCCCUCAACUCUCACCGCCAGCUCUGCAUGGUGCUGAUCAAACCUCAUGAGGACUACCAGGAUACAUACGAUGAGUGCUUCGGAAGUGUGAAGGACCUACCAGCUCCCAUGUGAAACAUCUGACUGAAAAUGUUCUUGACACACGUGUGGGAGAAAUUGUCUUCCAAGACAGAACAGAUGUGACGCAUUGAAUACAGUUAUUGCUUGGUUGUAUGGAUGAAUGCUAUGGUAGUUGUUUGGUUUUGUAAGAAUGGAGGUGGAUGAAUGUAAGGCUUGCCAUUUAGAGAUCAUGACUCUUCAAGAGGCUAUAGAUUCAGAUGUUGAUCACAGCUUCUGUAUCAGAAAACUCAUAAAUGGGCUUGUCAUGUUGAGCCAAUUUUUAUCUCUUGGGUCAAACAUUCUUUUAUCACUUGCAGCACAGAAUAAUGCAGAUGUGGUAAAAUGAUUAGUAAUAGUGGACCCUGGCUCCUUCUUCGUGAGGUUAAAGGCAGCCAGGUAAAUCUAUCAUCUGAGUAAUAAGCAAGUUUUUCCUUCACACUCACAGUCCUAGACAAGGACUACUAACUGUUAUAGCCCUAGACGAGGACUACUAACUGUUAUAGCCCUAGACGAAGACUACUAAAUGUUAUAGCCCUAGACGAAGACUACUAACUGUUAUAGCCCUAGACGAAGACUACUAAAUGUUAUAGCCCUAGACGAAGACUACUAACUGUUAUAGCCCUAGACGAGGACUACUAAAUGUUAUAGCCCUAGACGAAGACUACUAAGUGUUAUAGCCCUAGACGAAGACUACUAAAUGUUAUAGCCCUAGACGAAGACUACUAAGUGUUAUAGCCCUAGACGAAGACUACUAAAUGUUAUAGCCCUAGACGAAGACUACUAAGUGUUAUAGCCCUAGACGAAGACUACUAAGUGCAUAAAAUGAUGGUAGUCCUCUUGUGCUGGUAGCUUUUGAUGACUGUAAUUCCGAACCAGUUUUAGAAUCCUUCAGUUAUACCACAAAUUGGAACCAAACAAGACUCACAGAAAUGUGAACAUUUUUGUUUCAUUCACAAACAAGCUUGAAACAUUUUGGACUGGUGAAAUGAGGUAUACACUAGUCUUGAAAUAAAAAGCUCCAAGAAAUGUCCAAGUUUGUUUGCCUUGUGGUGCACAGCACAGCACAAUAUUCAGUCACCCAGUUUAUGUUCAUGUCCGUGUCUAACAAAUAUAUCAUCCUGUUUCUGCUAAUGCAGGUUAUGCUUUCUUAUGGUCUGACAUUUAGUCACAAAGACUGAUAUUUGAAGAAUUGGUUAAAUUUAUCUUUGGGUAAGACUUGUGAGGACAUUUUACUAACAUUUCAUAAAUCAUGACAUUGUAACAAAUAUGAACUCAUUUGAUGAAGGUAAUGCUGAUAUGUAUGAUUACAUAUUAUUUUGUUUGUCAUUAAAAUGUCUUGUGUAACA